AUGUCGAUCUCCUUGGGUGGGAUGUUCAGUAGUUGGGUUGUAUUUGCCUGUUGUCACUUGUUGGGAAUCCAGUUACAUCUGCACCAACCUCAGCGGUUCCUGUUUGUGGAAGUCGGUGGAACAGCAGAGAUCCACUGUUCCUCCAGCAAAGAUUUGGAUGGGGCAGCAAAAUUGCACUGGUAUCUGAGAAAGGCAGGUGAGGCCCCCACACAUAUUAAAAGUUGUAAGGAUCAAAAUGAGAGCAGAUUUGCUUGCAAGCAUCAAAGUUGCAGCACAACACUGGAAAUCAGGGGCAUCCAAAGGAAUGAUUGUGGCAUUUGUUACUGUGCAGAUGCACGCAGCAGCUCUUUGAUUUUUGGGAUCCGAACCACAGUGAUUGUUGGAGAUAGCUUCACCAACAGUAGCUCCAUGCUGCUCCUGGGCCCCGUUGCAGAGGAGAAUGGAGUCACAGAGCCUGCACAUCUGGCCUGUGUGAUCCAGGGUGUUUCCCACCUCGUCCAGGUUUUCUGGUGCAUUCCCAGAGAGGAGCCAGCACAGGGGAUGCUGGACUCUCUGGAAGCCAGUGAUGGGUCCUUAACACUCAUUCAUGGCAUCAGCAUCCCCUGGACCAGCUGGGCCAGUGGGGCGGCCAUCACCUGCCAGAUCACAUUCAACUCAUCUGGCAGCAGCAUUACCAGACACAUCACGUAUUCUGCACAUGAGUGGUUUUGUGCUAGCCCUUAG